CCUCGUGUAAACUCCCAAUCCCCUUCCCUCGAGUUACCAAACAAGCCGUCAAGAUUGUGCCUAGUUUGCCUGAUGAAGAACGAACUACCCAGUUGAAAUGGCUUGGCGGCUUUCGGCGUUUGAAAGAGUUGCAGUUGCUCAUGUUUGACAUAAAGACCAUCAACGUGUUUGAUAUCUAUGCGUUCCUCCAGAGCUUCCACUUCCCAAAUCUGACCAAACUCUUCCUGCAGCUCCCAAGAAUCAGGGAAGAUGUGCAGGAGGCGGUGAGAGAAGAUGUGCUGCAGUCGAUGAGCGAAGGUGUGCCAGAGUAUGCCUUAGAUAACCUUAAGGUGGUAAGAAUGAUGAACUUCAACAGGACCAGAAUUGAGAUGCAUCUUGUGAGGUUUUUCUUGAGGAAAGCAAGAAACAUCAAUUCACUGCAACUUGUUUCUCUUUUUCACAAUGCGAUUCCGUUGGGUUUGGCUGUUCAACAAGGAGACAUCAUCCAAGGAGCUUUGGCGAGUGGCGUUAUACAAGAGAGCAACUCUGGCGCUGGUACAACCCAGCCGUGUCAUUCUGAGGUCUUCAUCGAUUUUUAGUUGCCAGUCACCAGUCAGAGUUAUGGCCCUAUAGCUUGUAAUAUCCGAGAAACUGGAAAGUGCUAAUCGACAGUAUACAAAUAUACAUAAUUUUCACCUUUAGUUUCUUUUCUGCAUCUUCAA